UUUGCCGCAGACGCUCCGGCUACCGCCGCUGCCCCUGCCGCCGCGGCUGCUGCCGGUGAGCCGAGCUGAGCUGAGCUGAGGUGUAGUAUUGGGUUAGUGCCGCCGGCGGUCAAGGAGCAGGUAGAGAGCCACGCCGGCGGAGCCGGCGGGUUAGUCGCUGCUUUGUCUCCUCAGUUUCGGUCCCGUCUGCGUUGCUGCAGGGAGGCCGCCUCGGCCCGGCGAACUGAACCAAUGCUGGAUCUGGAGGUGGUACCGGAGCGCUCUCUGGGAAACGAGCAAUGGGAAUUCACGCUGGGAAUGCCUCUGGCUCAAGCAGUAGCCAUUCUUCAGAAGCACUGUCGCAUCAUCAAAAAUGUCCAGGUUCUCUACAGUGAACAGUCUCCUCUAAGCCAUGACCUCAUCCUUAACCUGACUCAGGACGGGAUCAAACUGCUGUUUGAUGCUUUCAAUCAGAGGCUUAAGGUGAUUGAAGUAUAUGACUUGACUAAAGUAAAGUUAAAAUAUUGUGGAGUGCAUUUUAACUCUCAGGCCAUAGCUCCCACCAUUGAGCAGAUUGACCAGUCUUUUGGUGCGACCCAUCCUGGAGUGUACAACUCUGCUGAGCAGCUCUUCCACCUCAACUUCAGAGGACUGUCUUUCUCUUUUCAGUUAGACUCGUGGACUGAGGCUCCCAAGUACGAGCCCAAUUUUGCCCAUGGUCUAGCUUCUCUCCAGAUACCCCACGGAGCAACUGUGAAACGAAUGUACAUCUACAGUGGAAACAGCCUACAGGAUACCAAGGCUCCCGUGAUGCCCCUGAGCUGUUUCCUUGGCAAUGUGUAUGCUGAGAGUGUAGAUGUUCUUCGAGAUGGAACUGGACCCUCAGGUUUACGACUUCGGCUACUUGCUGCAGGUUGUGGACCUGGCCUAUUAGCAGAUGCCAAGAUGCGGGUAUUUGAACGUUCAGUGUAUUUUGGUGAUUCCUGCCAAGAUGUUCUUAGCAUGCUUGGCUCUCCACACAAGGUCUUCUAUAAGUCAGAAGACAAGAUGAAAAUUCAUUCUCCUUCCCCUCAUAAACAAGUUCCAUCCAAGUGCAAUGACUACUUUUUUAACUACUUCACUCUUGGAGUGGAUAUCCUCUUUGACGCAAAUACACACAAAGUGAAGAAGUUUGUCCUACACACCAAUUACCCUGGGCAUUAUAAUUUUAACAUUUAUCAUCGCUGUGAGUUCAAGAUCCCACUAGCCAUAAAGAAAGAAAAUGCAGAUGGUCAGACAGAAACAUGCACAACCUACAGCAAGUGGGACAGUAUCCAAGAGCUCCUGGGCCACCCUGUGGAGAAGCCUGUUGUCCUACACAGGUCCUCCUCCCCAAACAACACCAACCCAUUUGGCUCCACAUUCUGCUUUGGUCUUCAGCGGAUGAUCUUUGAGGUCAUGCAGAAUAACCAUAUUGCCUCAGUGACCCUGUAUGGCCCCCCCAGGCCUGGUGCCCACCUGAGAACAGCGGAGCUCCCCUAAGGACAUCACCGCCCAUGCCCCUCUGCCCUGUGGAGAUGUGCAUCGCAUCCUAUUCAGCAGGCUUCCAUGUGCCACCCUGUGGGUUUUCUUGGACACCCUACCAGUGUUGAAGGGCUGUUGUGAUGUUCUGAGGUGGGGCUCAGACUGGGUGCUCUGCCAUGGAGUGAGAGGCCCAGAUAUUCCUCUGUCUGUCCUCGGCUUGCUGGUGCCAACAGAGGACACCGACUGCAAAGAGAAGCACAAACUCUGAGCCUUGAUACCUGGACCCAGGAGACCUCGACUAACACAUAAGGAGGCAGGGUUCUUUCUCCUCUGCCCCACACACAUUGGGAAAAGUUGGGACUCUUUCUGUGGCUGAGGUCACAGGCACCAAGGACGAGGAUGAGGUCCUGCCUUUGGCCCAUUGUUGCCACGUGACCCUUAAGGCAAGCAGGUAGCAUGUCCAUAGUACUUGGUUGCAACUUUUGCACUACAUCUACUUUAGUUACUUGAUGAGCUGGCUGUGGCCAACGUGGCCCACCUGCCCUUCCCUGUUCCUUCCUUGCACGCGCUCCCUACCAGGCCCAGUAGGCACGCCCAACUGGUUGAAACACAACUUUUUACCAUCUAGGUAUGUGCCCAGGCCUUGUUCCUACCCCUCUUGGAGCCAGCCUUCAAGGUCACCUGUGCCCCCACUCUUCCCCAACAUGGCUGGCAGUCUGCAUGUUUCCAUCCUGUUUGCCUCUUUUAUUUAAUGCCAAAGUUUUAGCCAAAGACAUCUUCCUCCUUUUGUUGUUUCAGCAUUCUGUUCUGCACUGAGGGCUGGCUCUCUUGCCCCAACCCUGGGCAGUGUCCCCUGGCCAGGCCCAUUCAUGGUUCAAGGCCUCUGGGGGCUCAAGGAAAGCUGGGCUGCUCAGUCUUUACAUGGGUCUUACUAAGGAAAGUAGCAUAUGUGCUUUAAAAAUAAUCCUUUUGAAAAGAAUUGAGAAGAGAAAUGUAUAAUUUUAUCCCAUUUUUAAUAUUUUGGUCUAGCAACUUGUGAUACAUAGAUGACAAUUUUGUGAGUUUUUCAAAUGUGUGUACAUAUUUUUGUAAAUAUGACUCUUUUGUAAUUAACUCAUGUACAGCCUCAUCCUGUAGAGUUUAACAAUGAAUGUGCAGGGGACCUGCCCCAGGCUCCUAAGUGGUUCCUGGGUUACAGCCAGGCUUGUGUGGCACUCCCAUAACUUUGUGACUGACUGGUGUCUUCCUAUUUGGACUGUGGCCUGGCCGGAGGACCCCCCUCCCCCCAGCCCACAUUACAUCCCACUGUUGGGGCAGCCAGGACUAUUCCCAUCCUCCUAGAAUAGGGGAACCUUCCUCAUGCCCUGCCCAUACCCCUCCAAUAAAUGCCUAUGCCCUCAGCAGCGGCUUACCACGUGCUGUUGCUGGGAUGUUUGUACUAAAAUAAA